AUGGAGCUCUUCGCUGAGUUUGUCUGGCAGGACGGGAAGCGGCAGCAACUACGGGUGUCUUGUGAGGCGCCGGGCGGUGCUGCCCCUUACCAGGGCCUGUUGGUGGGGCUGGCUAAGAUGAGACAGAAGGUGGAUGAGCUCCUCAGCCCCAUGAUACAGCGAGAAAUGCAGGACCAGAUAGCGGCGGCUGCGGAAGAGGCCUUGGACGGUGAUGGUGAUGAUGAUGAUGAUGAUGCAGAAGAUGAAAAUAGCAUUGAUAACAGAGCUAAUUCAGAUGAACCGUCUGCAAAACGGCCAGAACCACCAUCUUAA